AAAGUCAAUUUAAUUCUUGAUGUGAAAGUUUCCUAUGGAGGUAUAGUUAAAUUCUUGGAGAGAAGGGAAGCAAAUUUUCUGAUAUUCCAGAAGGCUUGAAGAAAUUAAAUGAAGAUGAAAGAAAUAUAUGAAAAUCUUAGCUGUCUAACUACAAAAGUAUUCAGAAGAAAUUAGCACAUACUGGUGAUAUGAUGGCAGUUCCUGGAUUUACCUUUGAUGCCUUCAUACUAUUGUUGCACAUUAGUUCUGUGGCUAAUUAUCCCAAUGGAAAAGUAACAGAGUCCUGUGAUGGAAUGAUUCCUCAACAUGGGUAUACUUCGCUCUCUGAUCCUGCUUACAACAUUUCAGUGAGUCAGAUGACAUUUAGACCAGGAGAUCAGAUUAAAGUUACUUUGUCAGGGCUGCCAUUUAAAGGCUUUCUCAUAGAAGCACGUGAUGCUGAGGAUCUGAGUGGCCCUCCUAUUGGCUCCUUCACACUUAUUGACAGUCAAGUGUCACAGCUUCUGACUUGUGAAGAUAUAAAGGGGUCAGCUGUGAGUCACACAAAUCCAUCCAAAAAAACAGAAAUUAAAGUCUACUGGAAUGCUCCAAGCACUGCUCCAAAUCAUAUACGGUUUCUAGUCACAGUUGUUCAGAAGUAUAAAAUCUACUGGGUGAAGAUUCCUGGACCUGUAAUUUCACAACCAAACUCACUUCCUUUUACGACACGUGAAGCUACGAUAGCCCCUUUGUCAACGUUACCUCCAGUCUCCCAUUUAACAAAAUCCUUCAGUGCUUCAGACUGUGGGAACAAGAAGUUCUGUAUUAGGAGUCCCUUGAAUUGUGACCCAGAGAAGGAGCAUGCCUGUGCCUUCUUGUCCUUCACACGAGAUAACCAAUCAGUGAUGGUUGAAAUGAGUGGUCCCAGUAACGGCUAUUUAUCCUUUGCAUUUUCUCACGACAGAUGGAUGGGUGAUGAUGAUGCUUAUGUGUGUAUUCGUGAAGGUGAAACUGUGCACAUAAAACCUUCCCAUCUGAUGGGGCGAAGCCACCCUGUGAUGGACUCUGGGGAUGCUCUUAAGGAUAUGGCCUGGAGGCUGGUGGACGGUGUUAUGCAGUGUUCCUUCAGAAGAAAUAUUACCCUUCCUGGGGUUAAGAAUAGAUUUAAUCUAAAUACAAGCUACUACAUUUUCCUAGCAGCUGGUGCAGCUGUUGAUGGUCGUAUUUAUAAGCAUUUUCAGCAGCCUUUGAUUACUUAUGGAAAACAUGAUGUGACAGCCUAUCCAGAGAACAUAGGAGGAUCCCGUUCUUUACUCGUUCUGAAGGCUCAUGGUGCCUUAAUGUUUGUGGCAUGGAUGACUACUGUUAGCAUAGGAGUACUCAUUGCUCGGUUCUUCAAACCUGUUUUGUCAGAGGCUUUCUUUGGUGAAGCAGCUUGGUUUCAGAUCCAUCGGAUGCUCAUGUUCACUACUACUGCCCUCACCUGCAUUGCUUUUGCUCUGCCAUUUAUUUAUAGGGGUGGCUGGAGUUGGUAUGCAGGUUAUCAUCCGUAUCUUGGUUGUAUUGUGAUGAUUUUAGCAGUUCUUCAGCCUCUUUUGGCAGCCUUCCGGCCACCUGUAUAUGACCCAAGAAGGCAAAUGUUUAACUGGACUCAUUGGAGUAUGGGAACAGCUGCUAGAAUAAUAGCAGUGGCAGCAAUGUUCCUGGGAAUGGAUUUACCAGGACUGUGUCUUCCUGGCCCAUGGAAAACCUAUGCAAUGAUUGGAUUUGUAGCUUGGCAUGUUGGGACUGAGAUUCUUCUGGAGAUACAUACUUACCGACUCUCUCGGAAAGUUGAGAUACUGGAUGAUGAUAGAGUUCAGAUCCUUCAGUCAUUUACUGUAGCUGAAACACAAGGUCAUGCUUUUAAAAAGGUGGUGUUAGCAGUUUAUGUCUGUGGGAAUGUGACUUUUCUCAUUAUAUUCUUAUCUGCAAUCAACCAUCUAUGAGCAAGCAAAGACCUUGGCUUUGCAAAUAGGUGAUAAUUAUCAUCAAGCCAAAGCAACUUAAAGCCUGUACUGACUGCCUGGAGUAUAUUCAUGAAUUCUAAUUUGGAUGACCAGACCAUGUCUGUAGAUGGAUUCUGAAGUCUGGUUCUUUGGAGAUCAACAUUCAACAGGGUCCUAUAGACUAUGAACUAAUGUCAAGCUCUUAUGUAUCAAGGGAAGGUUGUACUUGUGGAGAAAUGACUCUCAAAUAUUUUUUACACUGAGAUUUUAAGAAUGUUAGCAUUUCAUGACGAACUAUUUGGAAAAACAGCAAGAUGUCAAUAGGACAAAAUGGAGAUUGUAAUAAGUAAAUGUAUUUUGGAAUGUAAAAGGUGCUACGGUACUUUAAAGAAAAAUUACUUUUUUACUUUUUUACUACUUUUUUUUAUCUAAUGGUCUUUCUUAGGACUUUUGAGAAGCUACAUUUUUGAGUAUUCUGUAUAUUUUGUUACUUCUCAGGUAAGGGUGAAAGUGAGGCCAACUCCAUUUCAUUAACAUUUAAAUAUAUUAUGAAUAUUAUAAUUUUUUAACAAUGAAAUGCAAGCGUGCAAUGUCUGCUUAAGACUUUAUAUAUUCAGCUACAGAGCUGCAAUGGCAUUUUAUAUGUUAAUUGUUUUGACUGUCAGAUUUAAGUCCUAGCCUUUGAAAAUUACAGACCUGCAUUUCAAAAUUAAUAAAAUUCACCCUUAUGAAUAUAUUUAAGUUAUUCUCUUUCUUUGUAGUAAUAAAUACUAUGGGUGGUUCUCUUUUUUUAGAAGUUCCUGAUGCUGUAAUGAAUUGGAAUAAUCAUUGUUAUUUUCUUACCUAUUCCAGUAAAUUCUGUUUUCCUGUUGGGUCUCCUAUUUGCUAUGAGGACUUCUAGCCAAUGGGUGGCACCACAAUAUCAAAGUACUGCUUUGUUCUUGUUCCCUUGUGCUGUGAUUUCAUUUUUAGUACUUAAGAUAAUAUCAUGGGUGACAUUUUCUUUAAGAUCUACCAACUCUUAAUCUUUUUUUGAAAAAUUCCUGCCUUUUUUUUUUUGGUGGGGGCUGGAUGUCAGGGUUAUGGGUUAGAAACUGAAAUUAGGGACUGAUGUUAUUUUCUGGUUUCAUUUCUGUAUGUUUUGUAGCCAUGAUUCUUUGUAACAGUUGUUUAAUAUUUUCCUUUACAUACCUUUGACCCUGUAACAAAUGAAUACAGCUAUCUUAAGCAAGGAAAAAGCAAAACAGGACAUUCUUAAAAUAAAAAUUUUAGGGAGGCUUAUUUUAUUUCUUUAGGUGUACUUUCUGAUUAUGUUAUAGUUUCUGCUGGAUCCAAGGGUCUAAUUUCUGUCUGGUAUAAAUAAUAGUCUUGGCUGUGUAUCUAAUCUUAUUGGGAAAAAUGAUAUGAAAAUUUUGUUUCUUCUCCUUAUGUAGGUAUUUAUAAUAAGUAGCUUAGGGUUGAGAUGUGAACUUUCUGUGUUCAAGUUCUAAAAGUGCCAGGCUACUUAUAAUCUAAAUUUUCUUUCUGAAUGUCUUUAUUAAAUGUGUACUAAAAUAUUUUUCUCCAGUUUUCAAUUAUAGGGGGUUAAAGAUUAGUAAAUUUCUCUUAAUAAAUUAUAUUUGAUAUUUGACAAAGAAAGAUUAUUUUAAGGAGAUGAGCCUUGGUGUGAUUGGUUUUCAAAUACAUGAACUUUCUGGAUUUCCAGUGCUUAGGCUAAGAUAUUUUAACUUUUUCUUUUUCCAGAAUUCAUCUGUUGUUACAGUUUUGAAAUAUUAUCAGCUGAUAUGCAGAGUUGUCUAAAAAGUCUUUGUCAUUUGUCUGUCAAAUCUUAGCAGACCAAAACUUUUCAUUAAUAUCAAAUUACGAUUCUUCUGCUUAAGAGUGGUUGAUAUCCACAGAUUGAAAAUGCCUAUUCUUCACUCCUGUCAAUUUUUCUUCUUGUUUUUUAAAUAAACAAUCUGGGAUUUUG